AAAGGAAAAAAACUGCAAGGCUAAAAAAAAAACCUUGAAAUACCAAAACCUAAUUUCAGUAAUUUGCUUCAGAAAACGAACCUCGACGGCUCUCCAGAACCAACAUGAAAGAGGAGAUUCACAAGGUUAGCCGAUUCAUCCAGACAGUCGUUGCAACAGCAUUUCAUUACAGAAAGGCACUGGCAAACAACAGCCUUAAAAGAGACUCCAUACUUCCGUCAGAACGUCCUUCCAAAGUUAAAUUUGUAAGAUGGUCACCUCCAACAAUGACGCAAAAAUUUAAACUUGACACACAUGCAAGUAUUUCAAAACAACACAUUUUCUUGAGAUAUGUCCUCUUUGACCAUCGUGGUAUACAUCUUCUACGACGUGCAAAAGUUAUUAGAAUUGAAAAUAACACUAUUGUGAAGGCUGUGGAAAAAAACAAAAAUCUCAAGAUAUUGGAGGCUGAGGCAAGAGUGCUAGAAUUAGCUUUAUUUGACUUACAGGAAAGAGGAUGGCUACCUGGCGUGGUUCAACUUGGUUGUACCUUUUUGUCUCAGAAGCUUGCAGGCAUUAGUCCACUAUACACAGUAAAUUCAGAGGAAUUACAGAACGUUAUUGAACGUUGUAUGCAUAUCAUUGAUGAGAACCAUAUCCAAGUCUAUUGGACACAUCGACGGGCUAAUGUCGUAGCCAACUCUUUGAUGGAAUCUGCCAAAAGAUACAAAAAUGAUAUUUGUUCCACGAAAUUAGAUCGUGCACUAUGUCGCUUUAUCUGGGACCAAAUGUUUGGCCCCUUUAAGCCUUAUUUGUGUAAAACAACUAACACUUCUCAAGAGCGUUGGAAGUAUCUCUUGUCAGAUGAAGAUGGAUUUGCUCAAAAAAUCAUGAGUUGGAUUAAUAUGGCACUGAAUAAGGAGAGUAUUCCAAGAGAAAUCAUAUUUGAGAUUUCUACAGCGAAGGGGUUGCGAUUAGUAGAAAGAUAUUUGAUGUCAAUAACUCCUGCCAACAACAAAGCCUCAUAUUCUUCUCAAAAUCAAAUCAUACAUAUGUUGAUUGAUAUUUUGGAACAUUUGGAACCUAUUCCAGUCCCACGGACUAUAACUAUGUACUUGCGGUUUGAAGCUGAGAUCAAGUUACUGUCAAAUGAUUUGUUUGAAUCAUGUUCAUCAAAAGAUUUGACGUUUAGGUCCUAUCCUCCAGCUUUCUACUAUCAGCUAGGUGCAAUACGGUUAAGAAGUCUUGUUGUAACACUACGGGUUUUGAGCUAUUUUGCUCCAGGUCUUUCCAUUCGUCGGCUUAAUUUUGGACCCCGUAUAAAUUUUAGGGGGAAGGAUAUAAGGAGCGCCAUUUUGGGAUGGAUUUACCUUCUAUCAUGUGCUGAAUUUCAAAUUAUAGAUGUCCUUAAUGAAGUCGAGUGCAAAUGUGUGGAGGAUGUAGAAGUAACAUUAAAGGAAUUUGUGAAAAAAGGACUAAUUAUUGAGAACAAACCCAAGCAUUACACAAAAAAUGUGGCGAAGAUGCCCUCCGAAAAACCUCCAAAAGAUUUCAAAGCCAGAUAUUUGAAGGGUGCACAUAAGAAAGAUGAUGAGCUUUAUAACUACAAGGUUGUGGAAGCAAUUUAUUUCUAAGGGUCAUUCACUUUUUGUGUUCUUAAGUUGGGCAAUGUUUGGGCGGAAUUUAUCUCUCCAAGGGUCAUACACUUUUUGGGUUCUUAAGUUUGACAAUGAAAGUUAUGAACAACAGAAAACAAACAAACAAACCUCUCUUCCAUUUUAAUUUACUUUACUAGUUGGCGUUAUAUUAUGCUAUUUAAAAAAAGAUAAUUUAUGUAUCUGCAUUGACUUUAAUUUAUUUCAUAUUGUGACUGUUAAUUCGUAUUCAAAAUCACUAAAGGUCAUUACUUAUGAAUGCUUGGUGAACCCCUUUAGGCGUGGGUGAUAGCUAGGACGUGAGGACAAAACAUGUUAGUGCUAAGGUUUAUGAUUUAGCAUAUGAUGUUGAAUGCAGUGCUUCGUAACGGUGGAUAGAGAAUAUGUUGAACUCUAUUAUUGAAAGUUCCAACUAAAUCACUUAAACUAUUCGUGAUGGCACUCUCAUAAGAGAUUGAUUUUUAUUCUCUUUAUAUAUAUAUAUAUAAUUUGUUUGGUAGAAUGGGCUCUAGUCACU